AUGGCUUUCCACCAGAGAUCGAUUAGUUUGCCUUCUAGGCCUCACGUCAGUGAGACCGAAGUCGAGCAAGAGCUCCACUGCCUAGAAGCAAGCAUCUCUUCCUCCAAUUCCAUCAGCACGAUGUGCGAUGGUCUCAGGAGUCUUGCAAACAUCUACGAUGGUCUUGAAGAGAUUAUUUGCCUAUUAAGUAACCAAGCUUGCUCCUCCCAGCAGAGGAACAUGUUGGAUGGAGAGAUGGAAUGCUCCAUUGAGCUGUUAGAUCUCUGUAGCACCAUGCAAGAGACCUUCGCCGAGAUGAUGGUCAUCAUCCAAGAGCUCCAACUGGCUCUAAGAAAAGGAGACGCUGCAGCUGCUCAAGCCAAGAUCCAGUCUUUUAUUCGCUUGGUGAAGAAGGCCAGGAAACAUUUCAAGAAGUCUGCCAAGAAGCCUGCAUUUGACAAGAUGGUCAUGCUAUUGACCAAGGCAAGAGAGAUCUGCAUCUCUGUGUUCGAGUCCACACUCCAUCUCUUGUUGAAGCAAAUUGAAAUGCCAAAGCAGUCUCUUGUCUGCAAUGCAUUUUACAAGAAGAAGGGAAUUGUCUGCAAGGAGGAACAAUUGCAGGAGUUAGAGUGCAGUAUCGAAGAUCUUCAGAAUGGAGCAGGAGAUCUGUUCAGGAAAUUAGUCCAGAACAGAGUUUCUCUUUUAAACAUUCUUAGCUCAUAG